CUGCCUGUGCGAUCCCUUCAUUUUUGGAAAAGGGACUCCAGGACCUCCAGAACCAUGAAGCUUUUGAUCAGUCUUUUCAUUGUCCAUGUCUUGUUGAGCAAGUCCUUGGCAUACCCUUGCGAUGAACCCACUCAAUCAGGUGGUUGGCCAGGGAGCUGGUUCCCGGGAGGAUGGAAUCCAUGGCCGUCCUCAGGAAGUUGUGGGGACGUAACCACCGCAGCACCAUGUGGAUGUGGCUGCGAAACCACCACAAAAGCCUGUGGGUGUGGCUGCGAAACCACCACAAAAGCCUGUGGGUGUGGCUGCGAAACCACGACAAAAGCGUGCGGAUGUGGCACCCAAAAUUCAUGGCCAGGAGGUUGGUUCCCAGGAGGUUGGAAUCCAUGGCCAACAUCAGGCGGUUGUGGUUGCGAAACUACUAAGCCACCAUGUGGCUGCGAAUCCACCACAUCAACAUGUGGAUGCGAAAGGAGAACUACCACACCAACAUGUGGUUGUCAUGACCACACCACUGAACCGACGCCAAGAUCCAAUUCUACACGAACAACACCCACAUCCCCUUCAACGAAGCCCCCCACUCGAAGUUCCACAACUGAAAAAUCACCACAUAGUUCUCCAACAAGGAGAUCCACCCCUGAGGGUACAACGAAAUGCCCCGGUAGUGAAAGUACCAGCACCCACAGACCACCGGGAUCCCCUUCAACGAAGCCCCCCACUCGAAGUUCCACAACUGAAAAAUCACCACAUAGUUCUCCAACAAGGAGAUCCACCCCUGAGGGUACAACGAAAUGCCCCGGUAGUGAAAGUACCAGCACCCACAGACCACCGGGAUCCCCUUCAACGAAGCCCCCCACUCGAAGUUCCACAACUGAAAAAUCACCACAUAGUUCUCCAACAAGGAGAUCCACCCCUGAGGGUACAACGAAAUGCCCCGGUAGUGAAAGUACCAGCACCCACAGACCACCGGGAUCCCCUUCAACGAAGCCCCCCACUCGAAGUUCCACAACUGAAAAAUCACCACAUAGUUCUCCAACAAGGAGAUCCACCCCUGAGGGUACAACGAAAUGCCCAAGUAGUGAAAGUACCAGCACCCACAGACCACCGGGAUCCCCUUCAACAAAGCCCCCCACUCGAAGUUCCACAACUGAAAAAUCACCACAUAGUUCUCCAACAAGGAGAUCCACCCCUGAGGGUACAACGAAAUGCCCAAGUAGUGAAAGUACCAGCACCCACAGAACACCGGGAUCCCCUUCAACGAAGCCCCCCACUCGAAGUUCCACAACUGAAAAAUCACCACAUAGUUCUCCAACAAGGAGAUCCACCCCUGAGGGUACAACGAAAUGCCCCGGUAGUGAAAGUACCAGCACCCACAGACCACCGGGAUCCCCUUCAACGAAGCCCCCCACUCGAAGUUCCACAACUGAAAAAUCACCACAUAGUUCUCCAACAAGGAGAUCCACCCCUGAGGGUACAACGAAAUGCCCCGGUAGUGAAAGUACCAGCACCCACAGACCACCGGGAUCCCCUUCAACGAAGCCCCCCACUCGAAGUUCCACAACUGAAAAAUCACCACAUAGUUCUCCAACAAGGAGAUCCACCCCUGAGGGUACAACGAAAUGCCCCGGUAGUGAAAGUACCAGCACCCACAGACCACCGGGAUCCCCUUCAACGAAGCCCCCCACUCGAAGUUCCACAACUGAAAAAUCACCACAUAGUUCUCCAACAAGGAGAUCCACCCCUGAGGGUACAACGAAAUGCCCAAGUAGUGAAAGUACCAGCACCCACAGACCACCGGGAUCCCCUUCAACAAAGCCCCCCACUCGAAGUUCCACAACUGAAAAAUCACCACAUAGUUCUCCAACAAGGAGAUCCACCCCUGAGGGUACAACGAAAUGCCCAAGUAGUGAAAGUACCAGCACCCACAGAACACCGGGAUCCCCUUCAACGAAGCCCCCCACUCGAAGUUCCACAACUGAAAAAUCACCACAUAGUUCUCCAACAAGGAGAUCCACCCCUGAGGGUACAACGAAAUGCCCCGGUAGUGAAAGUACCAGCACCCACAGACCACCGGGAUCCCCUUCAACGAAGCCCCCCACUCGAAGUUCCACAACUGAAAAAUCACCACAUAGUUCUCCAACAAGGAGAUCCACCCCUGAGGGUACAACGAAAUGCCCAAGUAGUGAAAGUACCAGCACCCACAGAACACCGGGAUCCCCUUCAACGAAGCCCCCCACUCGAAGUUCCACAACUGAAAAAUCACCACAUAGUUCUCCAACAAGGAGAUCCACCCCUGAGGGUACAACGAAAUGCCCAAGUAGUGAAAGUACCAGCACCCACAGACCACCGGGAUCCCCUUCAACGAAGCCCCCCACUCGAAGUUCCACAACUGAAAAAUCACCACAUAGUUCUCCAACAAGGAGAUCCACCCCUGAGGGUACAACGAAAUGCCCAAGUAGUGAAAGUACCAGCACCCACAGAACACCGGGAUCCCCUUCAACGAAGCCCCCCACUCGAAGUUCCACAACUGAAAAAUCACCACAUAGUUCUCCAACAAGGAGAUCCACCCCUGAGGGUACAACGAAAUGCCCAAGUAGUGAAAGUACCAGCACCCACAGAACACCGGGAUCCCCUUCAACGAAGCCCCCCACUCGAAGUUCCACAACUGAAAAAUCACCACAUAGUUCUCCAACAAGGAGAUCCACCCCUGAGGGUACAACGAAAUGCCCAAGUAGUGAAAGUACCAGCACCCACAGAACACCGGGAUCCCCUUCAACGAAGCCCCCCACUCGAAGUUCCACAACUGAAAAAUCACCACAUAGUUCUCCAACAAGGAGAUCCACCCCUGAGGGUACAACGAAAUGCCCAAGUAGUGAAAGUACCAGCACCCACAAAACACCGGGAUCCCCUUCAACGAAGCCCCCCACUCGAAGUUCCACAACUGAAAAAUCACCACAUAGUUCUCCAACAAGGAGAUCCACCCCUGAGGGUACAACGAAAUGCCCAAGUAGUGAAAGUACCAGCACCCACAGAACACCGGGAUCCCCUUCAACGAAGCCCCCCACUCGAAGUUCCACAACUGAAAAAUCACCACAUAGUUCUCCAACAAGGAGAUCCACCCCUGAGGGUACAACGAAAUGCCCAAGUAGUGAAAGUACCAGCACCCACAGAACACCGGGAUCCCCUUCAACGAAGCCCCCCACUCGAAGUUCCACAACUGAAAAAUCACCACAUAGUUCUCCAACAAGGAGAUCCACCCCUGAGGGUACAACGAAAUGCCCAAGUAGUGAAAGUACCAGCACCCACAGAACACCGGGAUCCCCUUCAACGAAGCCCCCCACUCGAAGUUCCACAACUGAAAAAUCACCACAUAGUUCUCCAACAAGGAGAUCCACCCCUGAGGGUACAACGAAAUGCCCCGGUAGUGAAAGUACCAGCACCCACAGACCACCGGGAUCCCCUUCAACGAAGCCCCCCACUCGAAGUUCCACAACUGAAAAAUCACCACAUAGUUCUCCAACAAGGAGAUCCACCCCUGAGGGUACAACGAAAUGCCCAAGUAGUGAAAGUACCAGCACCCACAGACCACCGGGAUCCCCUUCAACGAUGCCCCCCACUCGAAGUUCCACAACUGAAAAAUCACCACAUAGUUCUCCAACAAGGAGAUCCACCCCUGAGGGUACAACGAAAUGCCCAAGUAGUGAAAGUACCAGCACCCACAGACCACCGGGAUCCCCUUCAACGAUGCCCCCCACUCGAAGCUCCACAACUGAAAAAUCACCACAUAGUUCUCCAACAAGGAGAUCCACCCCUGAGGGUACAACGAAAUGCCCAAGUAGUGAAAGUACCAGCACCCACAGACCACCGGGAUCCCCUUCAACGAUGCCCCCCACUCGAAGCUCCACAACUGAAAAAUCACCACAUAGUUCUCCAACAAGGAGAUCCACCCCUGAGGAUACAACGAAAUGCCCCAGUAGCGCAAGUACCAGUACGACACAGAUACCCUGCUCUCCAACACCAUCGGAGACCUCUACAACGAAUCCAAUCACUCCAAAACCCACCACGGAGCCUCCUUGCUGUUGCGAACCAUGUGGUCCUGGUGGUCCUACUUGCCCAGGGUGCGAAUGUCAUGACAAGUUGUGUGAAGACUUGUUGAGUACUUUAGAGAAGUUGGAGGACAACAUCAGAAAAUGCGUCUGCGGUGAGCCACAAUGGAUGAUAUUUGAUGACUGACCUAAAAGUCCUUACCAAGGCUGAAG